AAGCCGUUUGUAAAUCUAAAAAACAAGAAGAAAAUAUCCCGCAACUUGACUGGUCACUAACUUCAAGUUAUCACACACUGUCUGGCGGCGAUGGGUUGGUUAACAAAACCCUUAAUCAUCAUUCUGAUUCUCUCAUGAAACAACCAAAACCCUUCUCUUCCUUCUUCUCUCACUUUCAUAUCAAAUCUUUCGUUCUUCAACCAUAUUCAUCAUAUUCAGUUAUGGCCCAAACCCGAACUUCUCCGGAUCCCGAAAACGAACACCCUCCACGUAACCUAACCCUCACCGCAGAUGCACGCGUUGAACGCGCGUGGGCUCAUUGGACCAAACUGGGUCGACCCAAAUUGAUUGUUGCUCCGAUGGUUGAUAAUUCGGAGUUACCGUACCGGAUGCUGUGUCGGAAGUACGGUGCUCAAGCUGCGUAUACUCCAAUGUUGCAUGGGAGGAUUUUCACUGAAGCUGAAAAGUAUAGAAAUGAAGAAUUCACCACUUGCAAGGAGGAUCGACCACUUUUUGUUCAAUUUUGUGCCAAUGAUCCUGAUAUUUUGUUGGAAGCUGCACGGAGAGUUGAGCCUUUUACUGAUUACGUUGAUAUCAAUCUUGGGUGUCCUCAGAGGAUUGCUAAAAAGGGAAACUAUGGUGCUUUCUUGAUGGAUAACCUUCCUCUCGUGAAAUCUUUAGUGGAAAAGCUGGCUCUCAACCUCGAAGUUCCUGUUUCAUGCAAGAUCAGACUCUUUCCGAAAUUAGAGGACACAUUGAAGUAUGCUAAAAUGCUUGAGGAGGCUGGUUGUUUGCUUUUAGCUGUUCAUGGGAGGACGAGGGAUGAGAAGGAUGGGAGUAAAUUUCGAGCAGACUGGAAAGCCAUUAAGGCUGUGAAGGAAGCAGUCAGAAUCCCAGUUCUCGCCAAUGGGAACAUAAGGCAUAUGGAUGAUGUUAAAGACUGUUUGGAAGCGACUGGUGUAGAAGGUGUGCUUUCUGCCGAGACUCUGCUUGAAAAUCCAGCACUCUUUGCCGGAUUUCGUACGGAGGAAUGGGUGUCCGGCUGUGAAGAAGGAACCUUUGUAGAUGGGAAAUUGGACCAGGCAGAUCUGUUAAUAGAGUAUUUGAAUCUUUGUGAAAAGUACCCUGUGCCAUGGAGAAUAAUACGCUCCCAUGUUCAUAAAUUGUUGGGAGACUGGUUCAGCCUUCAGCCACACAUCAGGGAAGAUUUUAAUAAACAAUAUAAAGUUACCUUUGAGUAUCUUUAUGACAUGGUGGAUCAACUUAGGGAGACAGGUACUAGAAUUCCACUUUACCGCAAAUCUACAGAGAUGGAACCCACAGAAAGUUACACAGAUCAACACAACUAGCAUCAAAUGAACAUUCGGUGGUUCAAAGUUAAACUGGGACAGUGAAAUAUAGUCUACGAACGGCAGACAUGGUUCUGCCAAGCAAAGCAAACAUAUCUACACAGAUAAUUUCUUUACAAUUUUGUAACAAUUAGAAAGUAGAUUGGUUCAAAUCACUGAUUUCUUGUGUUGUAUUUGACUUCAUUCUUAUGGCAAUUGCCAAUUGACAGUGGUGUUGUACACAUAACUGUUAAAACAAAGAUCUUUUGCUGAGCCGACAAAUUUGUGUUUGUCUUCAACAUUUCAUAGCUUGGAUUGGUGCAUGUUUUUGACGGUAUUAA